UUCCCGCGAAGCUGAUCGAAGUCAUCCGCCAAUUCCACGAUGGAAUGCGGGCCCGGGUGCGCAUGGACGACGGAGAACUAUCGGACUGGUUCUUCCCGACAAAGGACUUGCGACAAGGAUGUGUGCUAUCCCCAUUGCUGUUCAACACCUUGUUCGCCGAGGUCCCCGAGGUCGUUGUCAUCCGAUUCAGCGAGGAUGAUGUUGUUCUACGGAGCCUGGUGUGCUUGGAGGAGGGGAAAACGGAAGCGGGGGGGGGGGAGGAGACACCCCUUGACCGAGUACGGAGGGCAGUAUGGGGGAUGCUGUAUGCCGAUGAUGCCGGCGUCGUAUCGACGUCUGCAGAAGGACUUGCGAGAAUGAUGACCAUCAUCGUUGAGGUGUUUGGGGAGUUUGGGCUAACGGUGUCGGAGAAGAAGGCGGAGAGGCUCCUGAUGCGCGCGAAGGACAAGCCGACUUCAACAUCACAGCCCGCCUCCACCACUGACCAUCGAAGCUGCCACGCCCAGACGACCGAGUUCCGGUACCUUGGUGGCCUCGUCAACGAAUAUGGCGACCUCACCCGGGAGAUCAACUACAGGAGCAAAGGAGAGUGGGCGUGCCUCAGGCGAUAUGGCCGGGAGCUCUUCGACAGACCGCAAGCGCCAUUCCUACUCAAGAUCCGCCUGCUCCAGGCAGAGGCGACGGAGGCACUGCUACGCUGCCNCCUCGUCAACGAAUAUGGCGACCUCACCCGGGAGAUCAACUACAGGAGCAAAGGAGAGUGGGCGUGCCUCAGGCGAUAUGGCCGGGAGCUCUUCGACAGACCGCAAGCGCCAUUCCUACUCAAGAUCCGCCUGCUCCAGGCAGAGGCGACGGAGGCACUGCUGUACGGCUGCAUGACAUGGUCACCACUCAGCGACCACUAUCAGACGCUGCCGUCGAUACACCACCGACUGCUCCUUCGAGUUAUCGGGGAGGGACAGGAACAGAACUGGCCGAAGUGUGUGCUCGACGACCUGAAGGCAUUCGGGGCCGACCACGGAUCUACGAAAACCGAUCCAUGUUGUUUCGGAAUCCCGGUACCGAAACACACGGCACCGACGUUAAAGUGGACGGAAGCCGCGAAGGUAAAGGGGGGAGUACCCUGGCAUGCGGCGGUGCCACAGGGAGCUGAGAGGUUCAUGACCUCCUGGCACGAGAAGGAAGAAGAGGCCAGCCGAGAACGGGCGCUCAAACAAAACCACAAGCCACCAACCAAUUGGGCGGGAGGGGGGCAGGAGACGGACGAGCCGGCUAGGGGAGAAAGCAAACGACAAGAGACGGACCGAGUGGCGCGAUACGUGCCGGAUUGA